AUGAGCCGUGCUCUUCUUUUCUUCGUUCUCGCCAUUCUGGCUUUGUCAGCCGAGGCACGUGGACCACGUGUCACUGACAAGGUCUUCUUUGACAUGGAGAUCGGAGGAAGACCUGUUGGGAAAAUCGUCAUCGGACUUUUCGGAGAGGUCGUGCCGAAGACAGUGAAGAAUUUCGUUGAGUUGGCACAGAGAGCUGAGGGAGAAGGAUACGUUGGUAGCAAGUUCCACCGUGUCAUCGAAAACUUCAUGAUUCAAGGUGGAGACUUCACACGUGGCGACGGAACCGGUGGACGAUCGAUCUACGGCGAGCGCUUUGAAGAUGAGAACUUCAAGCUUCAACACUACGGACCAGGAUGGUUGUCAAUGGCCAACGCUGGAGAAGAUACCAAUGGAUCUCAAUUUUUCAUCACUACCGCCAAAACCUCAUGGCUCGAUGGAAAGCAUGUGGUGUUCGGUAAGAUCCUGGAAGGAAUGGACGUAGUUCGUGAGAUCGAGGCUACACCAAAAGGAGCUGGAGAUCGGCCAAUUGAGGAUGUUGUCAUCGCCAACGCUGGACAUAUUCCAGUAGAGAACCCAUUCACUGUCGCCAGAGCAGGAGUUAAUUAAACCUAAUGAUCUACGGGUUUUCCAAUUAAUAUGUGUAUUUUUGUUGAAUGUACUAUAAUUACUUUCUAAAAUUCUAAUAAACGUGUUUUGUUUC